UCUCUCUGUUACCCUGCUCCGUCUCUGCCUGUGACAUUCCCCUGCCUGAUUGACAUUCCUCCCUCUGCAUGUGCAACAAGCCCCUCUCGAUGUGACAACGGCAGCCUGUCCGCAUGCAGCUCACCUGUGCCACUGGUCCAUUGAUAGCGAGCGGAGUGCUGGCGGAAGAGCAUCUAUUGGUGACAGUCUCCCGGUGACAGUCACUCCGUAUGCUGCCCCUUGGAGUGUUAUUUGCCCCCGGGUGUCCCCUCGCCCGCAACGAUGCCUUUUCACCCGGUAACGGCGGCGUUGAUGUACCGGGGGGUGUACACCAUCCCCGAAUUACUAAGAGAGCACUCACCCACUCAGCUGCCCGAAGACGAGAUAGAGGAGAUUCGAGAAGCCUUCAAGGUGUUUGAUCGGGACGGGAAUGGAUUCAUCUCCAAGCAGGAGCUGGGCACCGCAAUGAGGUCCUUGGGGUACAUGCCCAAUGAAGUGGAACUGGAGGUCAUUAUACAGAGACUGGAUAUGGAUGGGGACGGUCAGGUGGACUUUGAGGAGUUCGUAACGUUAUUGGGACCAAAGAUCACAACUUCUGGUAUCCCAGACAAAUUCCGUGGUGCUGAUUUUGACACUGUGUUUUGGAAGUGUGACAUGCAGUCACUGUCUGUGGAGGAACUGAAGAGGUUACUUUAUGACACGUUCUGCGAGCAUCUGUCCAUGCGUGACAUUGAGAACAUCAUUUUGACUGAAGAGGCUGGGAACCUAGGUACAAGAGGGGACUGUCCUGUCGAUAUGGAGAGUUCCCCCAAUCAACAAAUCCGCCAGACCUGUGUGCGUAAGAGUCUAAUCUGCGCCUUUGCCAUCGCUUUCAUCAUCAGUGUGAUGCUAAUAGCAGCAAAUCAGGUCUUGCGCAGUGGCAUGAAGUAAUGACAUGGGGAUAAGAAGCCAUGAACUUAUACAAACUUUCAGGAGCUCCUCCUGCCUCUUCCCCAAUCCUAAAAGGACUGCAAGAUACAGAGGGGGAGCCCCCAAAACCUUGAAGACUAUGGGUCUCCUCCUCUGGUGUCUGAAUGUGCAUGGGAGGAUUUGCAUGGAAAAUGCAUGGGCAUUUAAAUCGUCAGGUGACCAUCUGUGCUUUCAAAAUCUGUGACACGAAAGGACUUUAACUCUCUCCCUCUAUAUAUAAUAGGUGUAUAUAUGUAUACGGAUGUACAACUCUAUAUUUAUGAGCAAUAACACUUUUGGUCGAUAAAGGGUUAACUCUGGUCAUUGGGCACAGGGUCAUUAAGGUUAGUGAGCUCCUGUGGUGUGAACUUUUCUACACUGUGUGAAGAGAGGGAGCUCAAAGGUUAAACUGUCUUCCCAUCCCGCGAUAUUCAUUCGCCUUAACCCGUAAAAUGCUGAAUGGGUUAAUGUUAAAUGUAGCUCUCCCUGUUUUUCUUCCAUCUGUCUCUAUAUUGAAACACAUGCUUCAAGUAUAAUUGGCCCGUACCUUCUUUGGACAUUAUUACUUAUAAUAUGGAGAAUUGUUGUAUAGUCACCCACUUUCUGGAAAAGGUGGCCUGCUUCCCAUAAAACACAAUAAGAUCUAGUUUUUGAGGAAAGAGAAUUGAUUAUGUCAUUUUCUGAAAUCAGGAAUGUCUCUCAUUAAAAUAAUGUGUGUAUGUAUGUAUACGGAAUAGUCACCCAAUUU